CACGCUCUUUGAGCGGAUCAACAAUAGAUUCUUGUACUUCAUUUGAGCAAGUUUCUUCUUCUCAAAAUGAACAUAAAGUCGAACAGCACCUCCAACAAGAAGCGAUGAAUUCUUCUACUAAAAAGGUUGAAGCUCCUCUAUUAAAGACGUCUUCCCGUUGCUGCCCUCAAUUAAGACUAAAGGGAGUAGGAGUUCAUCUUUGAGUGUUGUUUCCCUGAAGAGUAUGACUGAGUAUUCAAGAAUCAUGCAUGUUUUCAAGGAUACACCAGAGCAAAGAUGAAUUAUGUCGGACAGCCCUAAUGCAACAGCAAUUGCCUCCCUUCACCGGCGUCAGUAGAGGCUCAACAUCUACUGUAUUAACUCCGACGCAUCAAUCACGGCAACAUCAAGGUGAGGGUAGUACACCAGGUAGAGAUAUUUUUCUUUUUGCUCAUGGCAGGCAGCAAACUAGUACAAGAACACCUACUCAAACAGCGAUAGGAGGAUCCCACACGCCAGCAGUUGUAUCAGGUCGACCGCCAUUCGGUGUGGCCGCGUCUAGGGUUCCCUCAGCAUCGAGGGCUCCAGCUCUAGCGUCUUCCAGGGUAGCUCCAGCGUCUUCUACUAGGCUAGUUCCUUCUUGUUCCUAUGCGCCAUCC